AAAACACUAGAACGUCGCACUGUACAUUCAUUCACAGUAGAAGAAUCUCUACAACAUCGUAAUUAAAAGAAAUCUCGUGGCAUUAAUUUCAGCAAAAAUGACGUGUCAAUUACCCACCAGUUCCAACAACAUAAGUCAACGAAAUAACACAGCACAUUCAAAUUUUCCAUUAAACCCUCACUUACCACGACCAACCACCACCGCCCUCAGCCCAUUUCCUCCAGGCUCCAACGUCUACCACCGCUAUGGUUAACCGUCAUCACAUACUCCUACCACCUGCUCCAGUACCGUCACCUGCCCCGACUCCUCAUGAAAGGAACUAUGGUAAGUUGGCCCCAUCUCAUUCACCGUCGCCGGAGACUUUAGCAGAGUCAUCGGCGGAAAGGUCAUCAUCGCCUCCGUCGAAGCUUCCGGUGGACUUUAGUCCGCCGUUGAUUGCCAUGGUGGUUAUCAUAGCAACUGCUUUUGUCAUCAUAACUUACUCGCGGCUCCUCUCUCGCCACUUUCACCAGCUCUAUCGCCGAUACCAAAGAUGGCGCCGCCGUCGCCGACGCUACGUUCCCUCCACCUCCGCCGGGGACAUCGAGUCGCCAACUUACUCCUUCGAUCCUAUUGACUCUGCUUUCCACGUUCUUUCCCCUUACGGCCUUGACGAAUCGAUCAUCAAAACCAUUCCUCUAUCAGUGUACACACGAAAGAGAGGAAUUCAUGAUUGUGCAGUUUGUUUAUUAGAAUUCGAAGAAAAUGAUUAUAUUCGUACUCUUCCGGUGUGUUCACACGCCUUUCACGUGGAUUGUAUAGAUAUAUGGCUCCGGUCACACGCCAAUUGCCCUCUGUGUCGCGCCGGGAUAUUCCGUCCUGAGUCUCCGUUCACACCACUGAUGGCAGCAAGAAUUCGCCCUAGCCUGGAAGAUAUGAUCGUCGAGAGCACAAUCCUCGCGCUUCUAACCGAGAUUCCCCUGGAACCUGAUUCAACUAGCGUCGGCGAAAUCACCCAGGAACGUUCGCCGCGACGGAACAACCAAUCCGAGGAACGAUUCAACGGCCGCGAUUUUUUGUUAAAAAGGUCUUAUUCAUUUGGAUUCGAAAGAAAUUUAGGAUCAGAGAGAUUAUUUUUAGAACCGGCAACCACCUCACCGUGGCGGUACAGAAGAGGCGGCGGAGGAAAUUUCUGGAAUAAACGCCCUUCCCCAUUCACUUCAUUAACAAAACCUAGGGUUUUCUCAUUCCGAUACUACAGAGGAAUGAAAUCUCCAUUUUCCCGCCGUCGGAGCGGCGGGUUUUUCCCAUUGUCCGAGUCUAGCGUGCGGCUCGGCUUAUCCGGCGGAGGAGGCAGCUCUUCGAGAAGAAGCAAGUCAUUUGCAAGUCCAAUGUUCAUGAGAUCAUCAGCUACAGCGGCUGGGCAUUUUUCAUCAAGCCGGCUAAGGAGCGGUGAUCCAGAGGCGCUAUUAUCGCCGGAAAGAUUUAACAGACGGUGAAGGAUGUGACACGUGUACAGGAAAUUAAUGCCUGUCAUCGGGGAACUGUAAACGGUCGGUGAGAGCGUGGCGGGAAAUUAAUUAUCUGCUGGUCGCAUUUAAUGGUAGGAUGGUUAGAAAUGACGGAGGCUGCAAUGGAGAAUUUAAAGAGUAUCGAACAU